AUGUUCAACGAUGAGGAGAAAAAUCAUAGAUUAUCUCUGGGUUAUUUUGUCGUUAUGGAGAGAUCCGAUGGGAAAGGUUUCAAGGAUUUCACCGACGCCUCCAGCAGUUCGAUUUCUGAUAGCGGGCUAUUCGACGCAUCACAUUAUGCAUUUUUCGGGAAAGAUAUAGUGGACGAAGUGGAGCUAGGUGGUUUGGAGGAAGAAGAGAGUUAUCCUACAAUUGGCAGAGGAUUUAGUGGCGAAGAUGAGUUGCAUGAGUAUCAUUUAUUUGAUAAAGAUGAGGGAUUGGCUUUAGGAUCUUUAUCGGACAUAGAUGAUCUGGCUACUACAUUUGCUAAGUUGAACAAAGUUGUCACUGGACCAAGACAUCCUGGAGUUAUUGGUGAUCGAGGAUCUGGAUCUUUUUCAAGGGAAAGUUCAACUGCUACUGAAUGGGCACAAGAGACGGAUUUUCCUGAUUGGCUUGAUCGGCAUAUGUCUGAUUCUGAAUAUUAUCAAGAAAGCAAGAGGUGGUCAUCCCACCCACAUCUCUCUUCAGUUCAUCUUUCAGAAUCAAGAUUAUUACACAGAACAUCUUCGUAUCCUGAGCAGCAGCAACAACAGCUCCAGCAUUAUGCUAGUGAGCCUAUUUUAUUACCACAGUCAUCUUUCACUUCCUUUCCACCACCAGGAUCACAACAACCUUCUUUGGAUAAUUUACAUCAUCUUAAUUUGCCAUCUCUCUCUAGGGGAACUCAGUCACCCUUCUCUGCACCAAAUAACUCGCCUUUAUCUAACUCAAAUAUGCAUUUGUCUGGCUUGCCUCAUGGAUCACAUUAUAAUGCACACACUUCAAACUUAACCUCACCUAAUGUCUCUCUUAGCCGAAGGCUACAAAACAACUGGACUAGCCAUGCCGGCCUCCUUCAUGGGGACCAUUCUAGCCUCUUGAACAAUAUCUUGCAGCAUCAAUAUCAGAAUGCGUUGCUGUCGCCGCUGCUAAUGACCCCACAGCAGCAGAGACUGCAUCCUUCACUUCAGCCAUCUUUAGCUCAUUUUCCAGCACUACGAUCUCAACAGUUUAAUAGCUUCCCUUCACCAUCACGUUUGAGUAAAUAUGGAUUAGCUGAUAAGAGAGAGUCAAAGUCAAAAUCAGCAACAAAAGGUAGAAAUAGUGUGCGGUUCUCUCGCCAAGGUUCUGAUUCUAGUACCCAAAGGAGUAAUAGUAAUUUGCCUCAGUUUAGGUCCAAGUACAUGACAUCUGAAGAAAUAGAGAACAUUCUCAAAAUUCAGCAUGCUGCAACCCAUGGCAAUGACCCAUAUGUAGAUGAUUAUUAUCACCAAGCUCGUCUUGCAAAGAAAUCAGCUGAAACGAGGUCAAAGCUUCGUUUCUUCCCAUCUCACCUGAGGGACCAACCUUCCAAAUCCCGUCACGGUGCAGAAUCCCAGCCACAUCUCCAUGUUGAUGCUCAUGGGAGGAUUUCAUUUUCUUCUAUCCGUAGGCUCCGCCCACUUCUUGAAGUUGACUCUCCUCCCUCUUCUUCUGGUGAUGGAAAUGCUGAACAAAAAAUAUCUGAAAAGCCUUUGGAGCAGGAACCAAUGCUUGCAGCUAGGGUUACAAUUGAGGAUGGCCUUUGUCUUCUUCUAGAUGUAGAUGAUAUUGACCGAUCCCUACAAUUCAGUUUACCUCAAGAUGGUGGCAUUCAGCUUCAACGGAAGCGGCAUAUUCUGUUAGAAGGAUUAGCAGCCUCUCUUCAGCUUGUUGACCCACUUGGAAAAAAUGGUAACACCGUUGGGCUGGCUCCCAAGGAUGACAUUGUGUUUCUACGAAUAGUCUCUAUUUCGAAAGGUCGGAAACUUGUCUCUAGGUUUCUACAGCUUCUUUUGCCUGGUAGUGAGCUUGCCCGAAUAGUUUGCAUGGCCAUCUUUCGUCAUUUAAGAUUUCUUUUUGGGGGCCUUCCCUCUGAUCCAGGUGCAGUCGAGACAAUUAGUAGUCUUGCUAAAACUGUCUCUGUGUGUAUCAGCAGUAUGGAUCUCAAUUCACUUAGUGCUUGUUUGGCUGCUGUAGUUUGUUCCUCCGAACAACCACCUCUCCGUCCUCUUGGCAGUCCUGCAGGAGACGGUGCCUCUGUCAUCUUGAAAUCUGUUUUAGAAAGAGCAACUCACUUACUAACAGAUCAUCAGACUGAUAUCAACUUUACCAUGCCAAGUCCUGCCCUUUGGCAGGCUUCAUUUGAUACAUUUUUUGGUCUCCUGACCAAGUAUUGCGUGAGUAAAUAUGAUAGUAUAGUGCAAUCAGUUUUUGCUCAAACCAUGCCUAACACAGAGGUAAUUGGUUCAGAGGCUGCAAUAGCUGUAAGCAGGGAAAUGCCCGUGGAACUUCUCCGUGCUAGUCUUCCGCACACUAACGAUCAUCAGAGGAAGUUACUACUUAAUUUUGCUCAGCGAUCUAUGCCUGUUAUUGGUUCCAAUGUUCAUGGUGGAAGCAGUGGACAAAUAAAUCCCGAAUCGGUGCGGAGUUAG